GGCAACACUAUUGAAUUGACAUGUAGCCAUUUUUUUAAUCUGUCAUUCUUUUUUAAUUUGAUUCUUUGCCGUGUCGUUUCGGCGAAGAGUGCCGUUAUGAAGUACAAUAAGCUGGUAACGUCCUCGAGGAGGAAAAACAGGAAGAGGCACUUUAGCGCGCCCUCACACAUACGUAGAGUGCUAAUGUCUUCUCCCCUUUCCAAGGAAUUGAGACAGAAAUUCAACGUCAAAUCUAUGCCAAUCCGUAAAGACGACGAAGUACAGGUUGUACGUGGUCAUUACAAAGGUCAACAGGUUGGCAAAGUGGUCCAGGUGUACCGUAAGAAGUUUGUAGUGUACAUUGAAAGGAUCCAGAGGGAGAAAGCCAGUGGAGCCAGCGCAUAUGUCGGCAUCCACCCCUCAAAGUGUGUUAUCGUCAAGCUAAAGAUGAACAAAGACCGUAAAUCUAUCUUGGACCGCAGAGCGAAGGGAAGAUUGGCGGCUCUUGGCGGAGACAAGGGCAAAUACACAGAGGAAACUGCCACCGCAAUGGAGACCUCGUGAACAUAGAUUUAAGAAUAAUAAAAGUAUAAAAUUC